AUGGCACGCAAAUCAAAGUCCAAAAGUUCAGGGAGAAGGGCGCAGAAUGCUUUAGAGAUAGCUCAGCGCGAGCUGGACGGCUUCAGCGACCCAGAAACUGGACUUUCACACGAUUUACAUCGCAACGGAACUGUGGUAAACCCUCACAGAAACGGCUCUGAUGGAGACGAUGAUAGCGGAGACGAAAAGUUUGAGGACGAAGAGAUCGAUUCGGAUGAAGCUCUUGGCUCAGAAGAUGAAUUUGAUGUCAUGAACUCCAAAUUCUCUCAGACCCUCAGGGACCGCAAAAAGAGUGGAAAGAACAGUGAAAUGCUUUCGGAUGAUGAGGACGAAGGCGGCUACACUUCAAUAGAUGAAGGAGAACUGCUGCCUUUGUCAGAGGUUUGGGACAUGGACGAAAAGAACAGCUCGGUUCAGGAUUCUCUCAAUCUCGUGGACGAUGAACAGCAAGAAAACGCAGAGCAGUCCAGCGAUGAGGAAGGGAGCAGUGAUGAUGAGGACGAAGAAGAUGAUGACGAAGACGAUGACUCUGACUCUGAAGAUCCGUUUGAUGAGAUUUCUGAAGACGACAACGACGUGGAACUGUCAACCAUCACAGCCAAACUGCGCAAAGAUACAGAAAAAAACCAGUACCGUCGAUUGGAUAACACAGCAAUAGGUGAGGAGAAUGAAUUUGCUCUGCCAUCGCUCUCAAAUAAUCACAAGAAGCUAAACCUUGCAGAUAUGGUCAAUGCCGUGGACGACAAAGAAGCAAUUGAGAAAGCGGGUCUUUUAAAAGGCAAAGUGGAGGCUCUCAACGUUCCGCUACCGCAACGAAUCCAGCAAAGACACGAUCGUAAGGCCGCUUAUGAGAUUUCCAAGGACGAGGUCAACAAGUGGAGGGACGUCGUGCAACAGAACAGACAAGCGGAGCAUUUGUCGUUCCCUCUUAACCCCGAAACGCAACACAAUACUGUAACGUUGUUUCAACCUUCAGAAGGUGCAGCUACAGGUACAGAACUUGAGCAAAAAAUUGGUUCGUUGUUGCAAGACAGUCAACUGGCCGAUCCGCAGAAGGAGUCGACUUUUGAGGAGAUUGCUACCGCUAAAAUGUCACCUGAAGAGAUGAGGAAAAGAACCGCUGAGGUCAGAUUAAUGCGAGAGCUUAUGUUCCGUGAGGAAAGAAAGGCAAAGAGAAUCAAGAAAAUCAAGUCGAAGGCCUAUCAUAGAAUCAAAAAGAAGGAACUUUUGAAGAACAAGGAGCUGAUAGAAGAGUCAGAAGAGGAAAGUGACACAGAGCGAGAUGCUGCAAGAGCUCGUGAGAGAAUGACAUUGAAGCAUAAGACCUCUUCCAAAUGGGCCAAAGACAUGGUGAAACAUGGCAUGACGAAGGACAAAGAGACCAGGGAAGAAAUGGAGGAAAUGCUGAGACAAGGUGAACGUCUCCGUGCUAAAGUAGUGGGACACGAGUCUGGCAGUGAGAGUGAUGGCGGGAUUAGUGACAUUGAGAACUCAGAAAACGAUAGAAACUCUUCCAAAGACUCUAAGCUCCGUGAAAACCUUGGCAAGACAGGAGUCAUGAAUAUGGCGUUCAUGAAGAAUGCUGAAGCUAGACGAGCCGAAGCCAAUAGGGAAUCAAUAGCCGAACUGAGAGAAAUGGAAGCAGGCCUUGAUGACUCGGGUUUACCCAGCGAAAGUCACAACGGAGCCAAGGUAUCUAUCAACGCCGGCCGUAGGGUUUAUGCACCGGGGACUGAAGAAAGUAGGUUGGAAGCUGAGGAGGCCGAUAAGGCCGCUAAGCAAGAGCUCGAUAAUGACAAUUCAAGGUCCCUUGUGAAUCAAAUGAAAAAAGGUUCUGGCAAAGAGAAUAACGCGAAACGUGCCAAGAACUCUAAAUCGGUACCGAAAGAAAGCAAUGAAACUGAAGAAUCAAACCCUUGGCUUGACGGUGGAGACGGCAAUUCCUCAGGAAAGAAAUCUAAUAAGAUUAAUGUGAUAGAUGAAAACAGCUCAAAACUUGCCAAAAGUGCCAACAAAAUUGCUAAGAAGCAGGCCAAGCGUGAUAAACAUGUUUCUGGGAAGCACGUUGGAAGCGAGGAACAACUUCUUGAUGUUGACAGUACCAACAAAAUGAAUUUAAUUGAUCCCCAUGCUCAAGGAGAAGAAGAUAUCGACGGCUUUAUGUUCAAACAGCAGGACGUAAUAGCUGAGGCAUUUGCCGGUGAUGAUGUCGUGGACAAAUUCCAACAGGAAAAGAAACGAGUCGCUAUCGAUGAAGACGACAAAGUAGAGGAUGUGACACUUCCCGGAUGGGGCGAUUGGGCAGGCGCAGGAGCCGCUCCUUCAAAGAAGCGCAAGUUCAAAACGACUAAGGGCACAGUGGAAAAGGAUAAGCGUAAGGACAAAAACCUAAAGAAUGUGAUCAUCAACGAGAAAGUCAACAAGAAAAACAUGAAGUACCAAUCUUCUGCUGUUCCAUUUCCAUUUGAGAGCAGGGAGCAAUACGAGAGAUCAUUACGGAUGCCCCUGGGUCAAGAAUGGACCUCACGCACUUCUCAUCAACGUAUGAUUAAGCCGAGAAUCAUGACCAAGCGCGGUACGGUCAUCGAUCCAUUGAAAGCACCCUUCAAAUGA